AUGGCUCGAUCACUAUCACCAGUCUGUUUCUCCUACAAGUUGCUGGUUUUCUGGUUAGUAGCAACUGUGGCAGAAGGUCAAAGAAACAGAUAUACACCCUCUGAAGGAUCAGAGCCUAAUCCUACAGACUGUCAAAUCUUCACACUCACUCCCCCCCCUGCUACCCGGCCUCCCAUAACAACCUCCAAGCCUGUCACCAUAGCAACCAGAUGGUGCCAUUUUCCUCGUUUCAGAAAACCCAGAAUCCACUUUGGGUUCCCCAUCCAUCCUUUCAGACAUCCACACUGGGGUCACCAUGCUCAUUUACCGCCUCACAAACGUUGUCGCCACCCAUUCUCACUGCCUCGGAGAGGUGUCCAUCACCACACGUACUUCCCCAGGAGAAAAACCUCAAGCGAUAGCUCAUCAGAAGAAUAUAGAAGGAAAAGAGAAGUCCCUACCCUUCUGAAGCAGAUAUGA